AUGGAUCUUUUGAGUAUCUUGAGCCUUGUUCGCCUCGCGUGGGGUGUCGGUGAAUCUCUCUAUAGACUGUAUGACGGUGUCGGCCUUGCCGUGCGGGAGUUCGAGACCUUCAACCGGGAAGUGACCACCUUGGCAACUCUCUGGAGCCAUGUUCAGAGAUGCGUCCAGAAUCCUGGGGUGGGCCUGACCAACUCCCUGAUUAGCAGCCUCAAUCUCAUGAUUCGCGACACACGCAUCAUCCUUGAAGACUUGCGGCAGACGGUUGAAGAUUUCAGUACCGUUGACGAGAGGAAGUAUACCUUGACAAGGCAGCAUAAGAUACUUCGCAUCCGCACCUCUCCGGAUCAACAGCGGCAUCAACGGAUCAGAAAGUUCUUGAACAGAGACAGAAUAGCCACCCAGAGGAGCGAGCUCCUGUUUGCUACAGCGACGUUGAAUGUUAUCCUGGGUGUGAUAAGACACUCUGAACUUGGGCCUCCACACGGCGAUUCCCGUCUGCAACCUGCUGGUGAGACACUUGUCGACGAGCAGAGGCGAGCGAGGCGACGGGUCGCCGCGUUGGAAAGCCAGGACCCCGAGUCUCCUGUCGUAGCUACCGCAUGGCUUGAUCCCCUGCCCCAACCACCCUCGCGACAUGCUACUUUUGAAAUCCUCGCGAGACAAUGGACGACAAAUCGACCUCCUCAGCCUCAAGCUUGGCAACGCGACAACAGAGAUAAUACCAAUAUCAUGUCAUAUGUUGCUCCUUUGCAACGGCGUAUAGCGGAAUUGGAAAGGCAACGCCAAGAAGAGGAACAUAACAUUGCAGAAAUGAGGGCAUUGUUCCAGCAGCAGCACGAAAGUGACAUGAAUGAGAUUAGGAAAAUGUCGGCUCGUGUGGAAAGGAUCGAACAGGAGUGUCGAAGGCUGCAGAAUGAGACUGAGGAACAAAGGAAGACGAUAGACGAGCUUGAUCACGAAUGUGACCUCCUGGAGAUGGAGGUGGAGAGUUUGAGGGCGGACCGUGACCGAUAUCGAGAACAGAGAAAUAAAUAUCGUCGGGACUACGAUCUCUUGGUGCAGAAGCUGCCGCCAACCAGUUUUCCAACGCCGGCUGCCAGGUCCCGUCGUUCAUCGGGCUCGAGCCGGACGAGUUCCACCUAUGUCGACAGUUCGAGGCCAAGUUCGAAAGAUGGUCGGCCGAGUUCACAGAGCAGUUCGAUACGGCUCAGACUUUUUUGA